AUGGAUGAAGAACAAGAAAUUGUUCCGUCAUCGCAGUUAGAUGACAAUGCUAUCAUUCUCGCACUCAGUUACAGUGCCGGCUAUCUUGGUGCCGCUGUGUACGAUCAGGGUCGCACCACCAUCAAGUUGCUUCGUGAUGUCGCUGAGGAUCAUGAAUUUCGCUUAUUGACAGCUUGUAUGUAUAACUAUUACUUCCGAGGUUUUGGACGUCUCGCUUUGAUCCAGCAAGAAGAACCGACAACUAUUCUCUCCAAUAAAGCUCAGGAUGUCCGUGGACAAGAUCCGCCUCCCGACGAUGUUUACGUGGAGAAUUCCAGUGAUCUGGGAACAACGGGUGUCACUCACUCAGCUGGUUCUUUAGCUGCUAGUGGAGACAAUUCCUCUCAUUUGGAUGAUUUAUCUGCUCAAUCCGUAACUGUGGAGAGUAAAGAUAAAGAAGAGGAGCAACCAGAAGAGGAAGGCGAUGAAGAGGAUAUUGAUGACGAUGAUUUCGAAUCGGAACCGAAACCGCCUACGCUGAUUUUUCUUCCUAACAACGCCUACAGUAAGUCUCGUGAUGAUUGGCCAUCUAUAUUCGACAGCGCGACUGCGAAGCUGAAAAUAUGUGGACAGUUGAAAGGGUUAAUCCCGCGUAGUGGCUUUCUUCAUGUUCUAGAUUAUGAAUCUGGCUUCAAACGUAUUUCGGAAUUAUUUGCCGGAGAAUGCUUCAGCGAGUCCGAGAAUCAGUUGGUUACAAGAUUUCGGAUCGAUAUAUCUUCGAGAAAUAUGGUGCGCGCCAUGGGAGCGUUGCUGAGGUAUCUAGAUUCAGCUCGUAUAGGAGUUGAAUUCGAACCGCUCAAUGUACGAACACCCGUUACUGCUAUCAAAUCAAUAGUCGUCAACACCAUGAUUUUUUUGCUGCAUCAUCACGAAGACCGUAAUUACAGCGCAGAAAUGGUAGAAAUCGAUGAGGCAACAUAUCGCGCGCUUGAUAUUUUCGCUGAAAACAAAAAGGCAGAGUACAUUCUUGAUCGCUUGAGAUCUGGUACAGCUAAGGUGAGGCACUGGGAGAGCCUUUACAAGAUGAUUUCAAAUGCCGUAUCCAUUGGUAGAUACAUGGAGACCUUCAGUGCGAAAUUGUCCCUAGUAGAUGAUGACAUAGAAUGUUUUGGAGACACCCUGACUGAGACAGUAGCUGUAUUAGGUGCAAUGGUUCGUGUGUUUUUCUUGCUCAUUACCCAUUUUGUGUUGAGAACGGAUUUUCAGAUCGAUUUCCAUGAAUCUCGUCUCGAAAACCGCAUUGCGGUCAAUUCAGGUGUUGAUCCUGAGCUGGACAGAGCAAAAGAUCUCUACCGUCGGCUGCCUGCAAUUCUCACACAAGUUGCACAAGACGAAUCCAAGCGUCUUCAGGCUGACACUUGUUCGGUAGCAUAUGUACCUAUGAUCGGCUAUUUAUUAGCGAUCCCGUACGACUUCGACGUAAAGCAGUUUGAUGACCUUCAAGUGAUCUACUCGACUGAUAAAACUCUAAAUGUGAAGAGCGAGCGGAUGAGAGAGCUGGAUGAGGAACUAGGCGAUGUGAAAAUGAAAAUUAUAGAUAAAGAAACAACUAUCACCAUCAGGGUGAUACACGAUGCUUAUGAUCAUAAUCAUUCUGUUUUUAAAUGGAACCGUCCCAAGUUUGUGGAAGAACCCAUCAUCGAUGCAACACGUGUGGUGCAUCCUUUAUCGAAGCUUAUCACUGAACAUUUCGUUGCGAAUCCAAUUAGUUCCGGCGGCGAGUAUACAAGAAUAAAAAUCUUCACUGGACCGAAUGCGUGUGGAAAGAGCAUGUACUUGAAGCAGGUGGGGUUACUCGUGUUCCUUGCUCACAUCGGAAGCUUCGUGCCAGCGGAAGUGGCCCACAUUGGGAUUGUUAAUCGAAUAUUUUCGAGGUUAUAUACAGUUGAUUCGGUGCUUGAUGGGAUGAGUACUUUUGCAAAUGACUUGAAUCAGGUCUCUGUUGCACUACGUCGAGGUAACGAGCGUUCUCUUGUCAUUAUAGACGAAUUCGGUAAAGGGACUAUGACUGAAGUUGGUCUACCAUUACUAUCGUCGACUCUGUCGUAUUGGGCUGCGAAAGGAAAAGACAGCUGUCCUCAUGUGUUCGUUUCAUCGCAUUUCCAUGCUUUACCAAACUUCAUAACGGAUGAGCAUGAAAUCGUCUCUUACCAUACCAUGGAAGUGCGUUGCCGCGGAGCAGAACUUGACUUUCAAUAUCGGCUUGUCGAUGGUGUGGUUGAUUUGUCGUACGCGGCUUACACUGCCAGUAAAAUGGGAAUACCACAAGAUGUUGGUGACCGAGCCAAUCAGGUAUACGAGCACAUACUAAAGGGUCACGGUAUUGGUGAUAUGGUCACUGAUUCAGAAGAAGAGCGCAAAAACAGAUGGCUAGCUAAACAAAUGCUUGAAAUAUGGCCACAGUUUGAGGAAUGGGAUAUCGACAGCGAUCUGCGCUGCGUGCUAGAUCUUCUGCAAGGAACGCUCUUUGAAGCAGACGAGAUGAUUGAAAACGAUUCUGCGGACCAUACUGAAAACGAACAUCCUGUCCGAGCGACUUCAGAAGACGCCAGUAAUCUUCCUGCUUCUGAACAGGAAUCCGAAAAGCUCGAAUCUGAAAAUGAAGACAGUGACCAAGAAGCUCGGCAUACUUUCGAGGAGAGCACUGCUACGUUGCCUAGCGCGUUGCGCAGAGAGAAGAAAUCAGAUCGCAACAACCUGUCUGUCUCGUUCGCGGUUGAUAUUAUAAGGAAUGAGCAUACUCUGGAGGCGAAAGGCCUAAACGCAACGGCUGACUCAGACUUGGAACAACCAGAAAGUGUUCAGAGGCUUGUGAUUGCCGAUACGGAUGGUGAGGUAACUGUAGGCAAAGAUGAAGAUCAUAGCCAAGCAGUGAUACAUUCUUCAGAAAUAAUGAAGCAAAAUGAUGUUGAAUCAGGCAGCCUCAGUCAAAAUGACUUCCUUCCGUCAAAACGCAAAUUGAGUGAUGAUCCCAGUUCAGAAGAGGACGUAGGGGUGAUUAAAAAGUUGUUACGAUGCUAUGUCGAUGCCCGAGACAUUCCAGUGAGAUUAAUGGGCAAAGGUUCCGGGAAACUAGGACCUAUUAGUUUUGUUUACUGCUGCAGAGAAGCUCUACGUUACUGA